AAUUUUCCUAUAAAUACCUCUUCCUUUGUCAUUUAUCAAAAAUAUAUCUAUACUAUAAUCUUUACAACAUUUUCAUUCCUUCAUUUGAGGUUGUUCUUUUUCCCAUAAAGUUAUAACAUAAGAAUAAUGUAUCCACAAAGUUUAGUUCUUUCACUUUUCACCAUAUUAGUGUCAUUUGGCUUGUGUUUUGGCUCUUACAUAGUGGAAACAAAUUAUCAAAAUGAACAAUUUGGUUUCAUGAAAAGGGCUAAUCAUCAAUCUCACGCACCGUUGCAAUCUAAAGAAAUAAUUAAUGUUGACGACUAUGAAGCCAAAGCUAACGAUGGACAAAUUGAUAACGAGGCAUUUGAAAAGGCAUGGAAUGAGGCAUGUUCUAAAGGAGGUGUUCUUGUGGUACCUCAAAAUAGUGUCUAUCAUCUAAAGCCAAUAAUAUUUUCAGGGCCAUGUCAACCCAAUACUGAAUUAAAGAUCUAUGGAACAAUCAAAGCAUGGCCUAAAAUAUCAGCAUAUGAAAAAGAUAGAAGUCUUUGGAUUAUGUUUGAUAAUGUCACAAAUCUCAUAGUUGAUGGUGGUGGCACCAUUGAUGGCAAUGGAAGAAUAUGGUGGGAGAAUUCUUGCAAAGUCAACGAAAGCCUCCCAUGCAAACCGGCACCAACUGCUGUGACUUUCAAUGAAUGCAACAACUUGAGAGUGGAAAACAUGAAGUUCAAAAAUGCACAACAAAUGCAUAUAAGGUUUCAGCAUUGCAAUAAUGUUGGGGCUUCAAAUCUAAUAGUAAAAGCACCAGGGCACAGCCCCAACACUGAUGGAAUUCAUGUCACACAUUCACAAAAUGUUAUCAUAAGCAAUAGCAUCAUUGGGACAGGUGAUGAUUGUAUUUCAAUAGUAAGUGGGUCCAAAAAUAUUCGAGCCACAGAUAUUAUUUGUGGGCCAGGACAUGGAAUCAGCAUUGGAAGUUUAGGAGAAGGUAACUCAGAAGCUAAAGUGUCCAAUGUGCAAGUGAACAGAGCUACAUUUAAAGGAACCACUAAUGGAGUUAGAAUAAAGACUUGGCAGGGAGGUUCUGGCUAUGCAAAAGACAUCAAAUUUAUCAACAUAGCUAUGCAAAAUGUGACAAAUCCCAUAAUCAUAGAUCAAAACUAUUGUGACCAGAAAAAGGCAUGUCAUGAGCAGGACUCAGCAGUAGAAUUGAGCAACGUUGUGUACCAAAACAUUAAAGGAACAAGUGCUUCAGAAGUGGCAAUCAAAUUUGAAUGUAGCAAAACUGUCCCAUGCAAAGGAAUUCAUGUGCAAGAUGUGAUUUUAACACCACAAGGUUGUAAUGGCACCAUUGCAACAUGUGAGAAUGUUAGAUUUACAAACAGUGGAAUGUUCUAUCCUAAAUGUCAUUCUUGAAGGAAGAAGGAAGAAUCACAAUUGUUAGGAUUUGUAUAUACAAAAUUAUUUAUCCAGAUUCGUCAAAGAAAAAUUAGUUAUUCAGAUUUUGGCACAAUAAUAUACUUGUUAUUCAAAAAAAUAUUAAACAAUGAUUUAAUAACAUAAACAUAUGGUAUUGUUUAUGCUGAUUUUUGGAAACUAGUGUAUUUUUUCAGUUUAAUAUGAUCGUUUA